UAGAGUGAUCGCACCGACUGGGCCUGCCUUGACAUAUGAGAAAGUACAUUGGCAGAGCAUCUGAGCACAUACAAGUGGCUGAUGCUGCCAACUUUUGAUGUUUACGUGUUGUCAAAGAGAAGUUAAUAAGAGGUAAUUAGUAACCUCCGGAAUCCCUGGACAGCGGUGAUUUGACUGACCGAUUUCGCCAUCAACACGGAAGUAAUAUGCUAUCGACAAGGUGUGAGAAACACCUACAAACAUCGUAUACACGAAUGACCUGGAAUAUUGCUGUCUCUGUCUCAGUGUGGACUGACGAAAGAGAAUAGAGAGCCCGGCAGGUCCACUGUUAUUUUCCUUAACUCGUCAUCAUGGCUACUGUGAACACAGAUCAAAUUCUGCAAGAAUUGUUGAAUAUGGAAGUUCAGAUGCGUAAGAUGCUGUUAACCUUAGACACGAGUGUAACGGCUCUGGAAAUAACCCCAUCUGGAUCUGAACCGCCGGAGGUGACCCCCGAAAAGGUUGAACUCGUCUCGGACAAGAUCGGUUUGACUUUGAAGAACGUUGUGGCGCAGUAUAGAAAAUAUUUCUACCUAUUUCCACAGCGAAGGCAACACGUGACUCGGCGUUCCUUCCGUGAGGACAGCGGCUUCGGCAGUGGCAUAUUCAACGAUGAUCCUGCAGCGACCGAAGUCUGCGCUACACCCAUACAGGAAUCCCAGGAGACCACAAACACUGAGAAGAACUCAGCCGUAGAACACAGCGAGGGCAACGGCAAGGAGGUCGGCCCAGAGGAAACCUCGGCUACUGUACCCAGCGUCACGGAAGUGACCCACGUGUAGCCGCUCGUCACAAGCCUUGGACAGUAGACGUUACCAGCCCACGUAUGAACUCUUGCAGCUAUAUUUCAUCUCAACAAAUGUUGUUGAGGUCCUCAUGUACUGUCAUUAUGACAUUGGGACAUUUGUAUACAACCAUGAAUUGAGCAUCAUCUACAAUCACUGUAUCAUUAGGUAGAUUGGCGGGUGGAUUUGGUGAAUAGGCAGGUAUACUUCGGGUCAUUUAAUAUUCUAGGAGGAAACGGAGUGACUGGGUGAAUUUAGUUUUACGCCACUUUUAGCAAUAUUCUAGCAAUAUCACGUCGGGGGACACCAGAAAUGGGCUUCACACAAUGUAACCAUGUGGGGAAUCGAACCCGGGUCUUCAGAGUGAGGUUUUUACUUCCUCCUGGGAUACCCCGCCACCCCAGGAGGAACUGCCCCACCACCCGAGGGGGAACUGCCCCAUCACCCCAGGAGGAACUGCCCCAUCACCCCAGGAGGAACUGCCCCACCACCCAAGGACGAAGUAAAGUGGUGAUGUUGGGUGAAGUAAAUUUUCGAACGAAAAUGUUUUACGAAGGGGCGUAGGUAGCUUAGUGGUUAAGGCGUCCGUCUGUGACUCAGAAGACCCGGGUUCGAUUCCCCACAUGCGUACAAUGUGUGAAGCCCAUUUCUGGUGUCUCCCGCCGUGAUAUUGCUGGAAUAUUGCUAACAGCGCUUAAAAAACAACUCACUCACUCACUCAUGUUUUACGAAAAGUAAGAUUGUUCACCAGAUAAGUUAAACACAAUUACUUUACACUCGUGUUUUAGAGAACACAGUUUAGGUGUCUGGAAAUGUUGCGAAUGUCUGUCUCUCUCCAACCAAUAUCUGAAAAUAUUAAAUGGUUGUUACCUUAAAGCAUCCCCAAACCCACCGGCCUGUCUCCUUACAGGGACACAUACAUUAGUUAAUGCUUCAUACUCAUGAUAUAGGGCAACCGACCAGUCUGUACAACCUGGGACUGUACGGAACCUCAAAUCAAAGUGAAAGUAGACUGAAGUUUUGUAUGGAUGGGAAAGUGUGUUCACAGUAGGUUGUUGACAUAUGGAGACUCAGUUGACACAUGGAGCCUUAGUUGACACAUGGAGCCUCAGUUGACACAUGGAGCCUCAGUUGACACAUGGACCCUCAGUUGACACAUGGACCCUCAGUUGACACAUGGAGCCUCAGUUGACACAUGGACCCUCAGUUGACACAUGGACCCUCAGUUGACACAUGGACCCUCAGUUGACACAUGGAGCCUCAGCAGGACCAUGCUUGCCGUCACAUUAUAGCCGAUGGGAUUUGUUCACAGAAACAAUCAUGCUCCUUGACUGGUGCAAUAAACCCAUUAUAACCCACCCGUUGGACUGUAUUAGUUCCGUGUUCUCCCUAUGUAUAUAUUGAACACGGACUCGGGUGGCCCUUCAAACGCCCGGAUAUUUGCUCAUAUCUCCUUGCACGUUUAAAAUGUACAUAUGCAAUUUUCAUUUGUAUGAAAUUGAUAAAAUGAGUAAAAAUUGCUUUGUGUUUACAUGGCCUUUAAAUGUAAGUGCCAUGCAGUGUUUAUAUUUAAUAGCACAGAUUCAGGAUGGAAAUACUGCAUUGUUUGGGGCAUGUGAAAUAUGUUCCAGGGAAGUAUUGCUUAUUUCCAUUGAGGAUCGUAUGUCCCGACUGGGACAUGAUGAAGUACUGACACUAAACUAGUGCUCAAAACAAAGUAUGCAGUGUGUUUGACCAAACUUGAAAA